UCUGAAGUUCUCUCUCUUCCGUGACUGCGCUUGAGCCUCUGAAGCCGAAAAUUUUCAUCCCUGAGAAAUUUUCAGGUUCCGAUCUGAAUCUCCUUCUCUGUUUCACUUGCUUCCAUGGCGAUGAUCUCUUUUCAGCCUCCAUUAAAGUCGUUUGCGGUUCCUCUAGUUCCUUUAUAUAACCCUAAAUCUGUCGCCGUCAGUUGCAGUUUGUCUCUUCCAUCCAGAACCGUCGUUACUGCCGUUGAACCUGCACCAGUCUUCGCCUCCGUGAAGGCAUUCGCUCCGGCAACCGUCGCUAAUUUAGGCCCUGGCUUUGACUUCCUUGGCUGCGCCGUUGAUGGCUUGGGCGAUUUCGUCUCUCUCAGCGUUGAUUCCAAUGUUCGUCCAGGUGAGGUCGCAAUCACUAAUAUUACAGGCAAUGACCCUAAUAAACUCAGUAAAAACCCUCUGUAUAAUUGCGCUGGCAUCGCCGCCAUUGAGGUUAUGAAAAUGCUAGGGAUUCGAUCUGUCGGUCUUUCUCUUACGCUUGAGAAAGGUCUACCGCUGGGGAGUGGAUUGGGAUCGAGCGCAGCGAGUGCCGCAGCUGCGGCGAUUGCUGUUAAUGGAUUGUUCGGCGGAAAAUUAGGAGUCGAGGAUUUGGUUCUCGCAGGGCUGAAAUCGGAAGAGAAAGUUUCUGGAUACCAUGCGGACAAUGUCGCACCUGCGAUUAUGGGCGGUUUCAUUCUGAUCCGGAAUUACGAACCCUUGGAAUUGAUCCGCCUGAGAUUCCCGGUUGAGAAGGAGCUGUUCUUCGUAUUGGUAAGCCCGGAAUUCGAAGCUCCGACGAAGAAAAUGCGUGCUGCCCUGCCAGCUGAAGUUGGGAUGCCGCACCAUGUGUGGAAUUGCAGCCAAGCAGGGGCGUUGGUAGCGGCUGUGCUGCAGGGAGACGUGAUAGGAUUGGGCAAAGCUUUGUCCUCCGACAAAAUUGUAGAGCCAACGAGAGUUCCGUUGAUUCCAGGGAUGGGUGGGGUCAAGAAGGCGGCCAUUGCAGCCGGGGCAUUCGGAUGCACCAUUAGUGGUGCAGGGCCGACGGCGGUGGCAGUGACCGACAACAAGGAGAGGGGGAAGGAGAUCGGUGAAAGUAUGGUUAUGGCGUUUAUGAGGGAAGGGAAUCUGAAAGCUGUGGCAUCUGUAAAGAGACUGGAUCGAGUUGGUGCAAGGCUCAUCGGAUCCACUCCCAUAGAUAGAGUUUAAUCAGAGAAUUUGUUUAUGAUGCUUUGAUGCUGCUGCUGCUUCUAAUUCUAUUGCUUACUCUGGCUCCAUUAGAGGACUGGUUAAUAAAUCAUGAUGAUUCCGCCAUGGAAAUGAGCUCUGAAACCUACUGUUUAUGCGGAAUUCUCAUGGCUUUUUUGUUGGUUCUUUUGGUUGCAGAGGCAUGGUUUGUAACAAAUCUUGUGCUGAUUUUCUGUUCCUUAAAAGACUUCAUUUCGUAUGGGUUUUUGAUUACCUUGUGUUCCUUCAAAACUUGAUGAUCCACAGAA